GCUCCUUACUGGUCAUCACUCCUCCACGACAGGUCCCUCAGUAUAAGGGGAGAGCUGCUGCUGCUCCUGCACUGGUCAUCACUCCUCCACAACAGGUCCCUCAGUAUAAGGAACACCAUGGGUACAACCAGAGAUGCGUCAUGGAUUGUAAAACAGCUGAAAUGGAAACUAGCAGAAAUAUUUGAGAAAAAUGUCGACGAUUUAUUUGAUGAACUGGACACCCUGGACAUCAUAUCUCAGGAGGAAUAUCUUGACUUCUGUUUGAAAGAUUCCCAGACAGAGAAAGCCAUUGAACUGGUGAACCUCAUACUUCAGCAUGGAGAAACGGCAUGUGUGAAAUUCCUCAACCACCUUGAGAACAUGAUUCUCAGAUUUCCUGCUUUGAAUGCUUUGUCUCAGUCAUAUUUGGAAGACCGGGCUAGAAAUUUUCAGGAACUGGUCCAACAACUGAGCAUGAAAAAACAUCUGGAUUCAAAGUUGACCUUGGGAGAUGUACUUAGCAUUGGAACAGACAAUCUUUUCAUUGACCAACCCCAGAAUAUUCCAGAUAUCCCCUGGCAUUUCUUGACCAAAAUUAUAGGGCUGAACAGAACAGCACGAAACAUUCAAUGCCAGAAACAGUCAUCUAAAGAAGAAUCAGAUCGAGUUAGUGAACUGUUUUUUUCUGUGAAUGAAGAAGAGGAAGAAGACACUUCAUGUUCCAUCCAUCCACUUGAUGUUCUCUGUGCUCUCCUUCAUUGUUCAGACCUGUUUUUACAGCAAGAAAUUGUAACUAAAAUGUCAGUUUGUCAGUUUGCUGUUCCUCUCUUGCUUCCUGCUGGUGAUGGUCCUAACAGCACCUUCAUGCUUUGGGCAAUGAGAGAUAUUGUGAAGAAAUGGAGACCUCCUUCACUAGCAGACAGUAAAGGCUUCAGAGAAGACAACGUGGUGAAUAUUGAAAUGCCGAUCUUCUCUUUCGUCAGACUGGGGCCAAAUAAAUUAUCUAAAUCAAAAAUAUUAAACCAGGUCUUGAACCCAGCUCAACAACAUCAUGACUUCUUCAUACAUGACAACAUGGAAGGAGGAAACAUUGAGAGGAAGAUAUCUGAUGGGCUUGUGGAGAUGUCAUGGUACUUUCCUUGUGGGAAAUCAGAUGUUUUCUCAGAGCCUAUUGCUGUGGCCAACCUACGUGGAGACCUGGAGUCCAACUGGGAACAGUUUGAAUUUCUCAUUCAAAUCUCAUCGGCCACCUUUGUAUUUCUUGAGAGCAUGUGUGAGAGACAGCUCCGAUUAUUAUCAUCCUUAAGUCCCAAUGACACCAAGUUUUAUUUCAUUGUCAGUCCAGGCCCCGGAAAAGAUGUCAACUCAGAGACACAGAAACAUUUAAAUAAUGUAAUAGAAAAUUUAAAAGUCAGCAAAAAGCAAUUUAUAAUAAAAAGAAGUAAAUUAAAUGAUGCAGAAUUUGUUAAAAACAUUCAGAACAGCAUUGAGCAGUUCUUAAAGGAACAUAAUAGAAAAUCAUCUUUAGAAAAACUAAAAACACAAAUAUAUGGACUUUAUAUUGAUGUAGAUGAAGACUUGGCUGAGUGUCAAAAAGCGAGAGCGUGUGCUGUAAAUAUUACUUCUGUCAUAAACAAUGUGGAAGAAUAUAAGAAGACAUCACUAAACCUACAAGGGGAUUUAUGGAAGAAGUUGUCUAAGAUAGAAAAAGAACUUUGUAGGAUGACGAACCUAGAGGGGAAGGAUGUGCAGCAAUAUCAGGCUGAACUCAUAGAGAAGCGCACCUGUCUACACAAGGAACAGAAUGAACACGAUUUAUCUGAUUGUAUAAUGCUGUUUAUUAAUGCAAUCACUCAUUUAUCUCAGGCUGAGCGACAAUUUUUCCUGAAAUGGAUGAAACUAGAACUGGAGUCAAUAUCUAGAAAUAAUGUGUCUGCAUUGCAAGCAGAAUACAAGGACAAAUGUAGCAAUAAGUCCAAUAAUCUAGAGGAACUCAAAAAUAUAGACCAAAAAAUCUCAGAUAGUUCUCUGGGGGUAGAACAUUUUCUCCGUGAGUUGGGGCAGUUUUAUGAAGCUGAAUACUCCAUGAAAAAACAAGGAUUACUUCCUGAAAACAGAAUACAGUUUGCUGGAUUGCCAAAUAUUGCCUCUGACCUUCUUCUUGAUGGAUUCCCAUUGGAGCUGAUUGAUGGAGAUGCCUCCAACAUUCCCUUACAGUGGAUAACUGAUGUCCUGACUGCGCUGGAUAAGAAGACUGGAGGACAAUGUAGGAUAAGAGUGAUAACUGUGCUGGGGGUGCAGAGUACGGGGAAGUCCACCCUUCUGAACACGAUGUUUGGCCUACAGUUCCCUGUGGCCAGUGGACGAUGUACGCGAGGAGCCUUCAUGACCCUUAUUAAAAUGAAGGAGAACUUCCAGGAUGAGAUUGGUUGUGAAUUUAUUCUAGUGAUUGACACUGAAGGGUUGAAAGCUCCUGAAUUGGCUUCUCUGGAGGGAAGCUAUGAACAUGAUAAUGAAUUAGCCACAUUAGUGGUUGGGUUGAGUGACAUCACCAUAGUCAACAUGGCCAUGGAAAAUACCUCAGAAAUGAGAGAUAUUUUGCAGAUGGUGGUCCAUGCAUUUCUACGGAUGAAAGAGAUAGGAAAGAAACCCAACUGUCAGUUUGUCCAUCAGAAUGUGAGUGAUGUUUCCGCCCAUGACAAGAAUAUGAGAGACAGGAAGAAACUUCUAGAACAGCUGAAUGAAAUGACUCAAGUGGCUGCAAGAAUGGAAAAUAAAAUAGGAAUCACAAGUUUCAGUGACGUGAUGGACUAUAAUCUUGAGAAGCACAACUGGUAUAUACCAGGCUUAUGGCAAGGAGUCCCUCCAAUGGCUCCAGUAAACUUUGGUUACAGUGAAAAUGUUUAUAAGCUGAAGCAGGACUUAUUUGCGUUCAUGAAAACCCAGGAUUCUCCUUGUAAUAUUCAGGACUUUAUUAAAUGGGUGGAAAGUUUGUGGAAUGCUGUAAAACAUGAGAAAUUCAUCUUUAGUUUUAGGAAUAGUCUGGUAGCAGAUGCAUAUGGUAAACUGUCAAUGCAGUUCUCUCUGUGGGAAUGGGAAUUCCAAAAAAGUGUGAACAAAUGGAUCAAUAUUACAGAAAAUAAGAUAAAAAAUCAGAUUGCAGAAUCUUUGGAUAAAGAAACACAUGAUCAUUCUAUGUGUGAUCUUCAGCAGCUGCUGCUUGAGGGAGAAAGCAAGAUGCUGGAAGAACUAGAAAAUUACUUCGAAAAUAAGACCGAAAAUGUUCACCUUGUAGAACGAUAUCGAGAAGAUUUUAGGAUGAGUGUAAACUUUCUAAAAAAGGAGCUUGAAAGAAAGGCCAUCGGCAAAUAUGACAAUGCUGUUUCUCUCCAGAAAGGAAGAUUUGAGAUUCAAAGUAUCCUAAGUACAUACCAACAGGUUAUAGAAGAGAAGAUUACAGAACUUCUGGAAGCUGGAAGACACAAGAAACAUAAAAUGACUAAUCUAGAAAUAGAACAGGAAUUUGAGACCAUGUGGGAUAAGACAAUGUCAACUGUUCAGACUGGAAGAAUUAAAAAAUAUAAUGUAAAUCAAUCUAUGUUACAUCUUGUGAAAAAUGACCUCAGCAGAAGAGGAUCUGCUAUAAAUGAAAAGUUAGUAAAAAUAAAGGAGAUAUCAGCCUAUGAACAAUGGAAGAUGGAUAAAAAGUACAUAGAUCUCUGCUGGUUGUCUAGAGUUUGGUAUGGUAAUGAAUUAUUAUUUAUCAAGCUUGAAGAAUUUGCCAACUCAUUGAUAGAGUUGUGUCAUAACUACAUCAUACAGAAGAUGAACAGUGAUGCGGACUAUGAUGACACUUACUGCCAGGAACUUCUGCAGAUGAUCAAUAAAGAACUUAGACAAAAAGAAACUAAAAAUCUCCCCUUCUCGUCAGAGUUUGAGCUGGAUAUCAAACUCAUCAUCUUUGGAAAAGCAUCUAGAACAUUUCAGGAGAUGCAUGAUAGGUUUGUCCAGAAGAAUGACCCAAGGAAUUGUCUUGAAGAACUAAAAUCUCAGUAUUUCUUGACAUUUCUUAAUAUAUUUAAUGAAAAAGAUAAAAGUCAGAGCCGAGCGAAACAGUUCUGUGAGCAGUGUCUGAAACCAGCUAUCACCCAGUAUGUAUUCAGUCAUCUCGGAGAAAGAAUAGUGGACGACAUCUUACAUAGUUCUGACAAUAAGAUAUUUAGCACUAGAACUUUUUUCCAGUACACUAUGCUGGAGGAUUUGCUGGUGUAUUUGUCUUUCCAGAAAUACGUACAAUAUCUUCGCUCAUAUAAGAAAUUUUCAGAGGAGUGGAUAAAAAAUUACCUCUCUGAAAAAUAUAACAAUCCUUUAAGUUUGAUGGAAUUUCAUGAAAACAUUUUGAGCUCCAUUUGUGAGAAAGUCCAAAAUGUUCUCCAGGAUGAGACAAGUCUGGCCAGCACAACUAUCUCACAAUUUUUAACACAUUUCUGUGAUCACUUACAAACUGAUUUAGUGAUUUCACAGAAGGAGCUAAAAGUUAUUGUUUUCAGUAACACCUCAGACGUUGGGCAGUUUUCCUUAGAUGUUCAGUCCUUCAUAACAGAUACAGAGGAGCAAAUCUUGUCAGAGUUGAGGUCUAUGAGUUUGGAGUCCAUACUUUCCAGAGUCACACUGAAUCCUCAGGAUGAGUUGUUGAAGAAAGUGAUUGGAUGUGGACAUCAGUGUCCAUUCUGUAGAGUUCCCUGUGAGGCUGGAGGUGGUGACCACAAAGAGCACUUUGCAUCUAUCCAUAGACCUCAAGGACUUGGGAAAUGUAGAAAUUAUAUAAAUAAUAAUCUGGUCGCGGAAAUAUGUACCACUGAUGUUGUAUCUGAAACCAAAUUUCGGAAUUCAGACACAAAUUAUGAAUUUCAUCCAUACAAAGAAUACCGCACUUACUAUCCAGACUGGUCCAUCCAACCCGACCCCACCAUUGAGUCCUCCGAUUACUGGAAAUACAUUUUCGCAAAGUUCAAUAAAAAUCUUGCUUCUGAGUUUCAUGCAAAUCCAGCCGAUCUGCCGUCCAACUGGAAGAAAAUAACCAAAGAACAGGCUCUUCUCAGCUUAAAGAAAAUAUUCAAUGUCUCCUAACCUGAACCAUUGAUGAUGUGUCUACAGUCCAAUUAAGAUGUGAUAGACGCUUGGCUCAUUUAUUAUCUUAUAAGCUUAUGUGAGAUGUCCCGGAGUGAAUCCUGGUUUCUCAGUAGCAGUUAUUGGCCAUAUUGUGCUUUAUAAUAGAUCUUUAUUACCUGGAGCCCCGUGGCUGGCUGUGGCCGUGUGUACACAUUGCAGCCUCUCCUCAGCCACAUAAUGACUACUGGGUGAAGGGGCCAUAGGACCAUUGUAUGGAGGGAUGGACAGGUGUGGGAUGACCCAGGGGUACACUGUGUACAUGCAGCCACGGCCAGGCAAACAGUCAAAAGUACAGAGCGUUUAGUGAAAAACAAUUAUUUGAGGCAAUGCAAGAAAUAGAAUAAAAUAGUGAAAUAACCCAUAAUUCCCAGAAAUCACAUACAUCAUUCAUGUGAACACUGUAGCCAAUCACUGGCCUCAGAGGAGAUAUUUGACUGCUGAGGCCAGUGAUUGGCUACAGUGUUCACAUGAAUGAUGUAUGUGACGUCAUUACUGCUGGGCCGGCAGAGAUCACCCGAGUGGUGGUGCUGGAGCUGCAGGGGAUUUAAAGGGAUUUCCCGGGCCCCACAUAUUGAGCUAUCCACUGGUGCCGGAACUUUGAAUGGAGCUGGCAGUAUAACCUUUUGGAUUACUGCAGCUCAUUUCUUAUUCACUUAAAAGGGAGAUGAUCUGCAGUAACUGGGUGCAGACAUAAUACAUUGAACAGGGCUGUUCUUCCGGCUCAAUUCAAAGUGCUAGUUCUGGGGGCUGCUCCGAGCAGCUGAGUGGUGGGGGGUGCAGGGUGUCAGAGCCCCCCACAGAUCCGACAUUGAUGACCUCUCCAGAGGAGAGGCCACCAGGAAGUCCUGGAAACCCUUUCAUAUCCCCUGCAUUUCCCCAAGUUUCUUAAACAGAUCCUGGCAUCAGAUUUGUGCCGAUGUAACUGAUUGCAUCUCCUGGCUGUGCGCCUCAUAUGUUUUCUGCUCCUGUUCUUUAAAAUAAAUCUGUCCUCAGAGUCAUUUUUCAGAAAUCAUAUUUUUAAGUUGUUUAUUUGUCCAAAAUGUGUGACGCGGGUGCCGGGGAGCGUGGUAAGUACAAUCUGUGUGAGGGGCCCGGGCAUAUUUGGGUAACCCCUUUAAGUAAACUCAUUCAUACAGUCUGCUCCCUCCUCCGGGGUUUUAUUCUCUUGCCCGCCCUCGCGGUACGCACAGAACUCACGUGGGGGGGGGGGGGGGGGGGGGGGGGGGUCUUCUAUUGCAUGUGUCAUGUGUGGGACAGGCGCACUUACAUGAACACAUUUUUCAAAUCACCAAUGGACAAUGGCUUAAAAAAGGUUCCGGAGCAUCUAAUGGUCUUUUCCAUCACAGCGACCUUUCGGGAGACGUUUCUUCUAGGUCAGUGGGCAGUAUUAUCAGGGUGUAGUGCCGAUCAUUGCAUUACAUUUAUAUAUAUUUUUUUAAACCAUCCAUAUAAAAUGUAACAAAAGAAAAUAAAAUCACAGCACGUGCUACUGAAAACGUCUUCCUAUAGGUCAUAGUGUCAAUAAAAAACGCCAUAGUGGUAGAAGACACGGGGCACGGAAUAGGCGACGGUUGUUUUGGGCACCUGCGCUGCCUUUUUGCCUACAGUCUGAGCUUGUAGCCAUGGAUCCCAACUUUCCAAGAAAUGGUCCGGGGCCCCUCUCGCUGCAUAUGUUAAUCUGCUGUAUCCACUGAUUUAAAGUGGGAAUUUUUUGGGGGGGCUUCGAGUUCAGAAGGACAGUUUUCACAGAACAAAACAUUAUAAUAUGGUGUAAUUUCCUGCCAUGUUUGGUGGGAAUGAAGUCAGUUACUCGUCCUAACAAGCCGAGGAAGCCCACUAUAGAGUUUAUAAACUGACGAAUCUCCAACCAAUCCUGCCUUAUAACCGGACAUUCCCCAUCAUGUCUGGCAGUGUCUGAGUGGAAGCAGAUCUGUGUGUGUUAUGUCUGUUUUUUUACACUAAACUUGACAACAUAACAUCACCUAGAGACAGGCAGCCAUUUUAUAAAUCACCUAGAGACAGGCAGCCAUUUUAUAAAUCACCUAGAGACAGGCAGCCAUUUUUUAUAAAUCACCUAGAGAUAGGCAGCCAUUUUAUAAAUCACCUAGAGACAGGCAGCCAUUUUAAUAAUCACCUAGAGACAGGCACGUGUAUACACACGGUGAUUGACUUACUCUAAUAACCACACUAAGAAAUUAUGAUUCCACCACUGUAAUACCAUAGUGCCAGAAACAUGUGCCACAAUAUAUAUUUACCCAAAAGCUGUCCCUCUAUGGUGGCCAUCAAUAGAUGUCAUUUUCUGUCCUCCUCGAGUUGUCUCUGAUUAAAAUUUGGAGAAGGACGCUAAGGAGGUGAGAUGGGGGCUUGGGCGGCCCCCUGUGCAUCAGCCCACUGAGAAUUUUCCCUGUAAGGUCUAUGGCCCCUCUGCCCCUGGACCCAGGAGAUGUAUGUCAUGUAACACUGCUGCUUACUGACUGCCAGGGAUUGUGUGAUGAGAAGAGGCUGAUGCUUCAAGGCCAGGGAUGCAUUACAUAGGACUGAUACAUGGGCUAUACUAUUCUAUUGCAUAUAGGGGUUAACCACCUGAUAUAAGCAAUAAAUGGAAUAUUUCAUAUUAUAUAAACAAAACAAACAAAAAAAAGGACUCCAUUCCGCCUAGCAGUGUUCCCGGAGACAUUACUGGCACUGAUGGCCGGCUUUAGAGCUGCCCCAGCCGUUUUAAAGACUAAUGCAACGCUAAAGCCCGCCCAUUACUGCCGGUGACGUCACUGGGCUCACUGCUGGGCAGAAGCCUCCGCCUAGCAGUCCCUAUGGAGAGCCCGGUACGACACCGGACCUUCUAAAAAGGCCUUUGCCCUGCGCGAUUCAGGGGGGCGGCCUGGGGGAAAAUGGGUAUGUCCGGUUCAG